AUGAUUAGCUGUAUCCCUGCUAAAAAUGCAAAUACUACUGCAGCUAUCCUGUCCUUUAUUUCAUUCUUGAGUCUCCUUUUAUUGAACUUUGGGACACCAACUAUCGAGUCAAUUUAUAUUGCGAGCGUUGAAGUGAGUAGUGGUAAUCUAAAGGGCCAAAAAAUUAUAUUUGGAUUAUAUGGCGCUUGCCUACAAGCUACCAUGAUGGACACUAAAUCUAGAUGCACGAAUAGCAAUGAUGGUCUUGAUAGUGACUAUAUCAUUUCAAAUACCCGUACAAAAUUUUUGUUGUCUAUGCAUGCUGUUGGUGUAGUAACAUCAUUCAUAUUGUUUUGCAUGGGCUUGUAUAUUCGCCAUGGUCAAACUAUAUAUAAAAGAGUGACAUGGAUAUUCGCAUUAUUCAGUUCUUUUAUCAUUUUGUUAGCAAUGGGAGGACAAAUUGACCUUUAUUUACAAGUCAAAAACGACACGCCAAUUCAUGGAAUAUCUACAACACUUGGAGCUAGUGGAUUUCUUCUUGUGGUUGUACCUCUCAUAUUAUCAAUCUUGUCAAUCUUUAUAUUUUAUAUCGGAGAACACGCUGUAAUUAAAGAAGGCAGCAUUCCAACCAUAGGCACAGAAAUGUCCAUUCAGCGACAUGUUCCUUAA